AUUCACCUAGUUCUUGCAUUUGGCAAUAAUGAAAAUACUACAACGACUACCGUUUAAUUCUUUUUUUUUAAAACAGAACUCGAUCCGACACAAUCUGUCGUUGAACAAAUGUUUCGUGAAGUUGCCACGUUCGAAGGACGAGCCAGGCAAAGGCGGCUUCUGGAAACUGGACUUGGAGAGAAUGGAGGAGGGUAGAAAGUCGAAGCGACGCGCGACCAUGUCACAACGAAUUCGUGGAUCAAAGAAGCUAACGUCGGCGAGGACAAUGGUAACGAGCAAUGUCCAAAGCAAUGGUACACCAUCGAUCAAUUGCCCGUCAACGUUGUACGAGACACCGCCCAGCAGCGUGUCUCCACCGAUUCCAGACUGUCUCUCGGAGAUUCCUGAUUCUACCCAAGUUAGUUUAAGCGAAGACGAUCUCACUGGUUUGCUAAUCGCUACCGCGGGCUGGGACGAGAAUCAGUUGGAUCUUUUGGAUUCUCUUCUCGAUACUCUU